ACAGUGACGCGAGGCAGGCUCUUUGCGGAGGGAGCGGAGUCGCGCAGGCCGGGGCUCCUCGCGUGGGUGGCGUCGGAUCGGGCUACCCCCUCGGCCAGCGCUGGCCCACGAGACCUCGGGUUCCGCCGGACACCGGUCGCCCGAUCGCUGGAUCCGCGGUGCGGGACGCCUUCCGAAGCGUGGAUCCGGUGCGGUCUCCUAGAUGUUGCAGGGAGUCCUGGAGGCCCAAGUGAGGCUGGACGGGCAGCAUGGAUGAGUGGCACAAGGCCUUCACCCAAAACACACUCGUCCCUCCCCAUCCGCAGAGGGCACGACAGCUUGGGAAGGAGUCCAUAGCAUUCCAGUGUGUCCUCAAGUGGCUUGAUGGGCCACUCCUUAAGCAGGGAAUCCUCGACAUGUGGUCGGAGUUUGAAUGCCAUCUGCGGGUGUCUCUCUUCGAUGUCACCUACAGACACUUCUUUGGGAGGACGUGGAGAACCACGGUGAAGCCCACCAAUCAGCUCUCCAGGCAGCCACCCCGGAUUGUCUUCAGUGAGCCCUUCUACUUCCACACGACCGUGAGCCACCCGAACAUCGUGGCUGUGGUGGAGGUGGUCGCUGAAGGCUGGAAGAGGGGCGACACCCUGCAGUCACUGUCCUGUGGCUUCGGAAUUCUGCGCAUCUUUGGCAAUAAGCCAGAGUCUCCCACCUCUGCGGCCCAGGACAAACGGUUGAGGCUGUAUCAUGGCACCCCCAGAGCCCUCCUGCACCCACUUCUCCAGGAUCCCAUAGAACAGAACAAGCACAUGACGCUGAUGGAGAACUGUAGCCUGCAGUACACCCUGAAGCCACACCCGCCCCUGGAGCCCGCCUUCCACCUGAUCCCCGAGAACCUCCUGGUGUCAGGCCUGCAGCAGAUCCCUGGCCUCCUUCCGCCUCACGGGGACACUGGUGAUGCCCUGCGGAAGCCUCGCUUCCAGAAGCCCACCACAUGGCACUUAGAUGACCUCUUCUUCACCCUGUACCCCUCCCUGGAGAAGUUUGAGGAGGAACUUCUGGAACUGCUUAUCAGCGACCGCUUUCGGGAGGGGGUCAGCCUGGUGGAUAGCGGCACCCUGGAGGUCCUGGAGCGACGCCUGCAUGUCUGUGUCCACAAUGGCCUGGGCUUCGUGCAUAGGCCACAAGUGGUCGUGCUUGUUCCUGAGACGGACCUGGCCUUGACACGCACGGCCAGCAUCAGCAGGAGAGUCAGUGCCUCUUCUAAGAACAGCUCCGGAAAUCAGGUUCUGGUUUUGAGAAGCCGCCUGCGGCUCCCAGAGAUGGUCAGCCACGCAGCCUUCACCAUCGUCUUCCAGCUGGAGUACGUGUUCAGCAGCCCCUCAGGAGUGGACGGCAGUGCUGGCUCGACCACCUCUCUGUCCAACUUGGCGUGCAUGCACAUGGUUCGCUGGGCUGUCUGGAACCCCGAGCUGGAGGCCGCCUCAGGAAAGGUCACACUGCCGCUUCAGGGUGGAGUCCAGCUCAACCCCUCGCGCCGUCUGGUCUACAAGGUGCCUUCAGCUAGCAUGAGCUCCGAGGAGGUAAAGCAAGUGGAGUCGGGAACCAUUCAGUUCCAGUUCUCGCUGAGCUCGGACACGCCCACAGAGUACGCUGGCGGCCCCAAGGCAGGGCGCCGAUCCUCCCGGAAAGCAGCCGUGUCCCCUUUGGCCCCAGGCACGCCAGCACCAGCCCAGGACCUUGCUGCAAUCCAGGAUUCUCCUGUGGGACCAGGGCUGUCGCUCUCCCAGCUGGCAGCAUCCUCACAGUCUCUGGCUCCAGGGAGCUCUUCCAAGACCCCUCCUCAGCCCCAGGACAGCCCUCAAUCCCAGGAGGGACCCCAGAUCCAGACAGAAUCUGUGCUGGAGAGCAGGGUGUCUCACCUGGAAGUGGACCUGAGCCAGCCGGCCUCGGCCCUGGGAACACCCACGGCUGAGCAUCUGCAGGAGCUUCCUUUCACUCCUCUGCAUGCCCCCAUUGUUGUGGGAGCCCGGACCAGGAGUUCCAGAAGCCAGCUCUCCAGAGCUGCAAUGGCACUCCUGCAGUCUUCCGGCUUCCCUGAGAUUCUCGAUGCCAGACAGCAGCCAGUGGAAGUCGUGAGCCCUGUAGAGCCUGUGAGGUUCAGCCCUCAGAAGGAAGAGUCAGAUUGCCUUCAGGGGAACGAGAUGGUGCUGCAGUUCCUCGCCUUCAGCAGAGCAGCCCAGGACUGCCCAGGAGCGCCGUGGCCACAGGCCGUGUAUUUCACCUUCCAGUUCUACCGUUUCCCACCUGAGACCACACCGCGCCUGCAGUUGGUCAAGCUGGGCGAGACAGGCACCAACAGCUCCAGCUCCCCGUCCCACAUCCUCGUCCCCAUAAAUAAAGAUGGCUCCUUUGAUGCUGGCUCUCCUGGCUUCCAGCUGAGGUACAUGGUGGAUCCCACCUUCCUGAAGCCCGGCGAGCGCCACUGGUUCACCCACUACCUGGCUGCCCAGACGCUGCAGGUGGACGUCUGGGACGGAGACUCCCUGCUCCUCAUUGGGUCCGCUGGCAUCCGCAUGAAGCACCUCCUCCGCCAAGGGCGGCCAGCGGUUCAGGUGUCACAUGAGCUGGAGGUUGUGGCCACUGAGUACGAACAGGACACGAUGGUGGCGAGUGGUGAUGUGGCUGGCUUUGGCAGCGUCAAGCCAAUCGCUGUGCACACGGUAGUGAAGGGCCGGCUGCACCUGACCUUGGCCAAUGUGGGUCAUGCGUGUGAGCCGAGAGCAAGAGGCUCCAGCUCGCUGCCACCAUCCAGGUCUCGGGUCAUCUCAAAUGAUGGAGCCAGCCUCUUCUCUGGGGGAAGCCUCCUUACACCAGGCGGCCCUGGGCGAAAACGUGUUGUGCAAGCGCAGAAGCUGGCUGACGUGGACAGUGAGCUGGCCGCCAUGCUGCUGACCCACACCCGGGCUGGUCAGGGAGCACAGGCUGCAGGCCAGGAGGCGGACGCUGUGCACAGGCGUAAGCUGGCCAGGAUGCGGCUGGUCCGCCUGCAGGAGUCCGGAGGGGAGCCCGACAGCCGCAGGAUCAACUUGCUGGCCCAGCACAACGUCCGUGCACAGCACUCACGGGACAUGCAGGUCAUUGACGCCUACCGGGAACGGACCAAGGCCGACAGCAUCAGCAGCGUCCUGAGCCAGGCCAUCACCACCCACCACACCCUGUACGCCACCCUGGGCACAGCGGAAUUCUUUGAGUUUGCCCUUAAAAACCCACACAACACUCAGCACACGGUGACCAUUGAACUGGACAGCCCUGAGCUCAGCAUCGUCCUGGACAGCCAGGAGUGGAGGUACUUCAAGGAGGCCACUGGCCUGCACACGCCCCUGGAGGAGGACAUGUUCCAUCUGCGGGGCAGCCUGGCCCCCCAGCUCUACCUGCGGCCCCGGGAGACUGCCCACAUCCCCUUCAAGUACCAGAGCUUCUCCAUGGGCCCUCUGGCUCCAACACAGGCCCCCGCUGAGAUGAGCUCAGAGAAGGACACGGAGUCGGGACCCCUCUGGAAGUGCAGUGCCAUGCCUACCAAACAUGCCAAGGUCCUUUUCCGGGCGGAGAGUGGCCGACUCAUCGCCGUGCUCUGCCUGACCGUGGAGCCCCAGCCCCACGUGGUGGACCAGGUGUUCCGCUUCUACCACCCAGAGCUCACCUUCCUGAAGAAGGCCAUCCGCCUGCCUCCCUGGCACACGCUUCCAGGUGCUCCCGUGGGGAUGCCCGGUGAGGAGCCCCCCGUCCACGUGCGAUGCAGUGACCCGAAUGUCAUCUGUGAGGCCCAGAACGUGGGCCCCGGUGAGCCUCGGGAUGUGUUUCUCAAGGUGGCCAGUGGUCCAAGCCCGGAGAGCAAAGACUUCUUUGUCAUCAUUUAUGCGGAUCGCUGGCUGGCCGUGCCUGUGCAGACAUGGCAGGUCUGCCUCCACUCCCUGCAGCGUGUGGACGUCUCCUGUGUCGCAGGCCAGCUGACCCGUCUGUCCCUUGUCCUACGGGGGACACAGACUCUUAGGAAAGUGAGAGCCUUCUCCUCCCACCCUCAGGAGCUGAAGACAGACCCUGCAGGUGUGUUUGUGCUGCCGCCUCACGGGGUACAGGACCUGCAUGUGAGCGUGAGGCCGAGGAAGGCCGGCAACCGCUUUGUCCAUCUCAACCUGGUGGACAUGGACUACCACCAGCUGGUGGCAUCGUGGCUCGUGUGCCUCUCCUGCCGACAGCCACUCAUUUCCAAGGCCUUUGAGAUCACCAUGGCGGCAGGUGAAGAGAAGGGCGCCAACAAGCGGAUCACCUACACCAACCCCUAUCCUUCUCGGAGGACCUACCACCUGCACACUGACCGCCCAGACCUGCUGCAUUUCAAGGAGGACUCCUUCCAGGUGGCGGGGGGAGAGACCUACACCAUCGGCCUGCGGUUUGUGCCAAGUGGCAGCACCGGGCAGGAGGAGAUCCUGAUCCACAUCAACGACCAUGAGGGCAAGAACGAGGAGACGUUCUGCGUGAAGGUCCUCUACCAGUGAGGGGACAGCUGUGUGGCCAAUGCCCCGCCCUGAAGCUCCUCCCCAGCCUUGCAGCUGAUGUGACUCUGGGACUGGCCUGUGCGGCCCGUGGAGUGGAGGAGGCUGUGUCCUGGUCACAGCGUCAUGCCUCGCUCAGCCGAGAGUAAUCCUGUGCGUGAAUGUGGCCUCCAGCCGUGGCCCCAUCCGGCCUGCGGCACACACAGGGCUGUUAAACUGCACCUCUCAGGCUGUCACUGUCUAGAACAAAUUGUGUUUUAUAAAUCGUCCCCAAUGAUGAAAUUAUGGUUUUCUUACUAGAUUUUGUAUGAACAUAAUAUAUUUUAAUUUACUAUGUUUUGUACUGGAA